AGUGUCAGGCCUCCAAGGAAAAUGCUGUGGAUGAUAUUUUUGCUUCUUAACGGACUCUUCGUUCUGGUUCUUCUCUACUCCAGUCGCUCAAGACGGAAGAACGAGCCUCCUCUCGACAAAGGGCUCAUUCCAUGGCUGGGUCACGCUCUUGAGUUUGGGAAGGAUGCUGCAAAGUUUUUGGCACGCAUGAAAGAAAAACACGGGGAUAUCUUCACUGUUUGUGUUGCUGGACACUAUGUGACGGUGCUGCUGGACCCAAACUCUUUCGACAGUGUGCUGAGCGACACCGUCAGCUUCGACUUCAGCCGUAUCAGAGGCCAGCUCAUAAAAAGAGUCUUCAGUUUACAACUCCCAAACCUCCACCCUGCGUCGGAGAGGAAAUGGAUGGAAACGCAUUUUCAAGGUCUCAGUCUCCAAAAGCUCAACAGCUCCAUGAGCACUCACCUUUACAACCUGCUCGUGAAUAACUGUGAAUCAUGCAGCUCUUCAAAGUGGACAGAGGAUGAACUCUUUGGCUUCUGUUACAGCCUUCUUUUCAGAGCUGGAUAUCUUACACUGUUUGAAAAGGAAGGUAAUGCAGCUGCAGUCUACAAGGAAUUUCGAAAGUUUGAUGAUCGUCUCACCAAACUGGCUCGAGAUUCACUGAAUCGAGGGGAAAGCAAAAUAGCCAAAGCAUCCCAGGAGCGACUAUGGGAGCUGCUGUCCCCUCGAUGUCUGAACGCAAGCUCUACUUCCUGGCAGCAGAGCUACCAUCACUUCCUGCAGGAACAGGGAAUGGAUGCAGACAUGCAGACAAAAGCCCUGCUGUUGCAGCUGUGGACCACCCAGUGCAAUGCUGGACCUGCUGCCUUUUGGAUCCUGGGCUAUCUGCUUACACACCCUGAGGCCAUGGAAGCUGUUCAGUCAGAGAUCAGAGGCCUUUCCACCCUCCAGUUAACUUCCCUGCAGCGGCCUGCCCUAAACCAGCUGGAUGCACCCCAUACACCUGUGUUUGAUAGCAUUUUGAACGAGACCCUACGGCUCACCGCUGCCGUGAUGAUCAAUAGAGAAGCGGUGCAGGAUAAGACUCUGCGCAUGGCCAACGGAAAGGAGUACCACCUCAGACGAGGGGACAGAGUGUGUCUCUUUCCCUUCCUCAGCCCUCAAAUGGACCCAGAGAUUCACCAAGAACCACAGAUGUUCAAGUACGACCGUUUCCUUACUGAAAACCAAAAGGUGAGAAAUGAAUUCUACAAGGAUGGGAAAAGACUGAAGUACUACACCAUGCCUUGGGGCGCAGGAAAGAACAGCUGCGUUGGGAAAGAGUUUGCUGUUGCAGCCGUCAGGCAAUUUGUAUUCCUGCUGUUGACCCAUCUUGAUCUGGAGCUGUGUAACCCCGAUGCCAAACUUCCACCCGUUAAUCCCAGUCGCUACGGCUUUGGGAUGUUGCAGCCAGACGGAGAUCUGCAGGUCAGAUACAGACUGAAGAGGACACAGAAAAUGAAAAGUUAA